AGAAUUUCGGUUCAGAGAGAGAGAGAGAGAAGGAGAGUGUGCGAGAGAGAGACGGGGAGGGAGAAGAGGAGGGAGAGCGCUGUCGCUUGCUCCCAUCACUAAAGCAAUAACCUAUUAAGAUUUUCUUUUCUUUUUUUUCUUUUUUUUCUUUUUUGUGGGCAACUAUCACCCCAGAGAUAAAGAGGGAGAGAGAAGCACCGCCAGCCCAACUCUUGCCAUUUCCACUAAGAACUUGCAGACUUAAUAUAGCUGUCUCUGCACUGGUGAGAAAGGGAUGGAAAUUGUGUGCAGUGCGGAGUGGAAAAUACCCCCGAUGUAAAGAAGUGCACCGGAUUUUGGCUUGCUGUUUGUUUGUGUUGUUGCGUGCAGGUUAAACACCCGAAGGAUCGCCGCUAAUAGAAAUGAAACGUGGAGAGGAUGACUAACGACAGAACUGUGAAUUUGUUCCCUGGAGUUGCUAAUUUGCCACCCCGAAGCAACACAUAUCUCAAGGAGGAAGCGUUUGGCUGCUGCUGAUUUCUCCAAAACUGGUGGUUUACCAGAUGCAUUGUGCUGUAUCUGCUCGAACAGAUCAUUGCUUAGCUGCAGCAGAUCGUCAAAGGUAGACAACCAACUGCUGUCUCCAAAUAAGAAAUGAGAUGUAAUGCAUCCUGCAGUCCAUGCAUGCCUCCUCUUGCAAAUCGCGCAUCAUUCCUCCGUGGAAACCUUUAAGUCCUAAAAUCCGGGAAAAAAGAAUAAAAACAUUAUCAUGGACCUGAGGGAUUUUUACCUGUUGGCCGCUCUGAUUGCCUGUUUAAGGCUGGAUUCUGCUAUAGCUCAAGAACUUAUUUACACUAUUAGAGAGGAGCUGCCUGAAAAUGUACCCAUAGGAAACAUACCAAAGGAUCUGAACAUUUCUCACAUCAGUGCUGCCACGGGGACCAGCGCUAGCCUUGUCUACAGACUGGUGUCUAAAGCGGGGGAUGCCCCUCUGGUCAAAGUGUCCAGUACCACCGGGGAGAUCUUUACGACGUCUAACAGAAUAGACAGAGAAAAACUCUGUGCUGGAGCUUCCUAUGCAGAAGAAAAUGAGUGUUUCUUUGAACUUGAAGUGGUGAUUCUCCCCAAUGACUUUUUUAGGCUGAUCAAAAUAAAAAUCAUUGUAAAGGAUACUAAUGACAAUGCACCUAUGUUUCCAUCCCCUGUCAUCAAUAUCUCCAUCCCAGAAAACACUCUGAUCAACAGUCGUUUUCCAAUCCCAUCAGCCACAGAUCCUGACACAGGUUUCAACGGUGUGCAGCACUACGAGUUGUUAAACGGACAGAGUGUCUUUGGACUGGAUAUUGUAGAAACUCCAGAAGGAGAGAAAUGGCCUCAACUGAUUGUGCAGCAGAACUUGGAUAGAGAGCAAAAGGACACCUAUGUGAUGAAAAUCAAAGUGGAGGAUGGAGGUACCCCCCAGAAAUCCAGCACAGCUAUCCUGCAAGUCACAGUAAGUGAUGUCAAUGAUAAUAGGCCAGUUUUUAAAGAGAGUCAAGUAGAGGUUCAUAUACCAGAGAAUGCCCCAGUAGGCACUUCUGUAAUUCAGCUUCAUGCUACAGAUGCAGAUAUAGGAAGCAAUGCAGAAAUCAGAUAUAUUUUUGGUGCCCAAGUUGCCCCUGCAACCAAAAGAUUUUUUGCUUUAAACAACACCACAGGGCUGAUCACAGUUCAGAGGUCCUUAGAUCGAGAAGAGACUGCUAUUCACAAAGUGACAGUGCUGGCUAGUGAUGGUAGCUCUACUCCGGCUCGGGCAACUGUUACUAUCAAUGUCACUGAUGUAAAUGAUAACCCUCCUAACAUAGACCUCAGGUACAUAAUAAGUCCCAUCAAUGGCACAGUGUACUUAUCUGAGAAAGAUCCUGUCAAUACAAAGAUUGCCCUAAUUACAGUUUCAGAUAAGGACACUGACGUGAAUGGCAAAGUGAUCUGUUUCAUUGAGAGAGAGGUCCCCUUUCACUUGAAGGCAGUUUACGACAACCAGUAUUUGUUAGAGACCUCCUCCUUGCUGGACUAUGAGGGCACCAAAGAAUUCAGCUUUAAAAUUGUUGCUUCUGAUUCUGGCAAGCCCAGUUUGAACCAGACUGCCCUGGUAAGAGUUAAACUGGAGGAUGAAAAUGACAACCCUCCGAUUUUCAGCCAGCCUGUAAUUGAGCUGUCAGUUUCUGAAAACAACCGUCGUGGUCUAUACUUAACAACUAUUAGUGCCACAGAUGAAGACAGUGGGAAAAAUGCAGACAUUGUUUAUCAGCUUGGCCCUAAUGCCUCCUUUUUCGAUCUGGAUCGAAAGACAGGAGUUUUGACAGCCUCCAGAGUUUUUGACAGAGAAGAACAAGAACGUUUCAUUUUCACUGUUACAGCCAGAGACAAUGGCACCCCUCCUUUGCAGAGUCAAGCAGCUGUAAUUGUUACUGUGUUGGACGAAAAUGACAACAGUCCCAAAUUUACUCAUAAUCACUUCCAAUUUUUUGUAUCGGAGAACUUACCAAAGUAUAGCACUGUGGGGGUGAUAACGGUGACUGAUGCAGAUGCUGGGGAAAAUAAAGCGGUGACCCUUUCCAUCCUGAAUGACAAUGAAAACUUUGUGCUGGAUCCUUUCUCUGGAGUUAUAAAGUCCAAUGUUUCUUUUGAUCGAGAACAGCAGAGCUCCUACACCUUCGAUGUGAAGGCAAUUGAUGGAGGACAGCCACCUCGCUCUUCUACAGCAAAAGUAACCAUAAAUGUCAUGGAUGUUAAUGAUAACAGCCCCGUUGUCAUCUACCCACCUUCCAAUACUUCUUUUAAGCUAGUGCCACUUUCAGCAAUUCCAGGAUCGGUAGUAGCAGAAGUAUUUGCUGUGGAUAUAGACACUGGAAUGAAUGCUGAACUUAAGUAUACGAUUGUAAGUGGAAAUAACAAAGGUUUGUUUCGUAUUGACCCAGUGACAGGUAAUAUCACUUUGGAAGAAAAACCAACUCCUAAUGAUGUGGGGCUGCAUCGUCUAGUGGUCAACAUAAGCGAUUUGGGUUAUCCCAAAUCCCUGCAUACUCUUGUGCUUGUAUUUUUGUAUGUAAAUGAUACUGCUGGAAAUGCCUCUUACAUUUAUGACUUGAUACGCAGGACUAUGGAAACACCUUUGGACCGGAACAUAGGGGACAGUAGGCAGCCCUACCAAAAUGAGGACUAUCUCACGAUCAUGAUUGCUAUUGUGGCAGGUGCUAUGGUUGUCAUAGUGGUGAUAUUUGUCACAGUUCUCGUGCGCUGUCGACAUGCAUCCAGAUUCAAAGCAGCCCAAAGGAGCAAGCAAGGUGCUGAGUGGAUGUCUCCCAAUCAGGAGAACAAGCAAAACAAGAAAAAGAAAAGGAAGAAAAGGAAAUCUCCGAAGAGUUCUCUUUUGAACUUUGUGACCAUUGAGGAGUCCAAACCUGAUGAUGCAGUUCAUGAACCUAUCAACGGGACAAUAAGCCUUCCAGCGGAGCUGGAGGAGCAAAGUAUAGGAAGAUUUGACUGGGGCACAGCACCACCAACAACCUUUAAGCCUAACAGUCCUGAUCUUGCCAAGCAUUACAAAUCUGCCUCUCCACAGUCUGCUUUUCAUCUCAAACCUGACACUCCAGUUUCAGUGAAAAAGCACCAUGUGAUUCAGGAACUCCCGUUGGACAACACCUUUGUUGGUGGUUGUGACACCCUUUCCAAACGCUCUUCCACUAGUUCAGAUCACUUCAGUGCCUCAGAAUGCAGUUCCCAAGGAGGCUUCAAGACAAAGGGCCCCUUACACACCAGACAGGCACUGAAAUUUGGAGAUAUGCCGAAGUACUUGUGGGAGAUUUGGGUACCUGACAAACCAUGGGUGUCCCAGCGCCGUGUUACAUUUCACCUCCCCGAUGGCUCCCAGGAAAGCUGCAGUGACAGUGGUCUGGGAGACCACGAGCCGGUGGGUGGUGGAACCCUGAUCUCACACCCUCUCCCUCUGGUUCAGCCGCAGGACGAAUUCUACGACCAGGCCUCACCGGACAAGAGGACUGAAGCUGACGGCAACUCCGACCCCAACUCCGAUGGGCCUCUUGGGCCAAGAGGAUUAGCUGAAGCUACAGAGAUGUGUACUCAAGAAUGCCUGGUUUUGGGUCACUCAGAUAACUGUUGGAUGCCUCCCAGCCUGGGUCCAUACCAGCAGCCAAAGUCUCCUCUCUCCACCUUUGCACCUCAGAAAGAAUGGGUUAAGAAGGACAAACUGGUUAACGGACACACGUUGACAAGAACCUGGAAAGAAGAUAGCAACAGAAACCAGUUCAGUGACCGAAAGCAGUAUGGUUCCAGUGAGGGCCAUUUCAACACUGGCAAUCACAUGACUGACAUUCCUUUGGCCAACUUGAAGUCUUAUAAACAGGCCUCAGGAGCUGUUGAGAGUCCAAAGGAGCACCAGCUAUAAGAAAUGGUUACUUUGGACCAGUGACUUUAGCCUACUUAGACUUGCUAAUACUGUGUGUGUGUCAGAGCUUUAUGUACUGGGUAGACCUCUAGAACUAUGCUUCACCUAGCAGAGAUAUGCAUAUGCUUAUGUUAGCGUCGUGGAAGGUAUGAUGUCCUGCAACAUGAAAGAGUGUUUCUACUAGUUGUGUGGUUUUGUUGAAUAGACAUGAUUAAACUCUGCAGAGAUCUCUCCAGUUUGCAAAUAUCCUUUUUUUGUUUGUUUGUUUUUUGACCCUGGACUGCUGCUAUGAACAAUAGAAGAUGCAUUUGGAGAAUGAGAGAGCAAGAAAGUUCAGUGGAUUACAAUGAUUGGAAAGCAUAUCCAGUUAGAGAAUUGUGCUUUUGUUGUCAUUGAUCUAUGCUGGGACCAUUAUACUUGACAUCAUAUUGCAAACAAAACAACUGAAACUAUAAAUAUUAAACCUAUUGUGCUAUUAACAAUGUUAGUGGACACUUGUAAGUCAAUCAGUGUUCAAAUACUUGUAAAUAGAAGCAAUUAUUACUUACGAAUUUUGUGUACUUAUAACGUUCACUUGAAAAGAUACUGUAGCAUAUUUCUGUGUUUCACAGUUGCUUUUUCCUUUCUUUCAUUUGCUUCCUGUUGUUUUGCUUUUCUUUUCAGUGAUGGUGUUUCUGUGCCGGUAGUCUGUCUGACACACAGUGUUCCAAGGAACUCAAAAUACUUUUCUUAUAAAGGAAGAAAGGGGUGAUAGGGUGGGAGGGAACGUUGGUUGUGGAAAGGGGAAAAAAAAGACUUUUCUUUCUUUGUAGUAGUAAAUGAUGCUGGCAUUCAGGUAGACUUUUUUUCUUUUCCUUUUUCUCCCUCAAAUAUUAAGCAAUGAAAGGACUUAUGUAAGGGCUUGAAACUUUAGCAACUUUGUUUUAACUUCCGUUCUGUUUCAUAAAGCAGGGAAACUGCAAAAUGAAAGAAGAAUAUUUAAUUUUGUGGUGGUGGCAGGGGGUGAGAGGGAACACUUAAUUUGGAAUCUUUGAUCAAGUUAGCUGCAGCCUCCCAUUAAUGAGCAGCAGCUAUCAUGGAUCCCAGUUGGAAUAUAUGGAGGAAAUUCUACAGAAACAAAUACAAUAAUCAUUUUUUUCCAAUUGGGCAAUUGUGUGUCUAUACUUAAGACAGUUUGUAUUGCUGAAACAGCAGCAUUUGUGUUGAUCUUCACCUGCAUUAAUGUUGUAGUAACACAAGUGUUUUUAGACCAUAGCCACAGAAUAUUUAAUGUGUUGUGCCUUCAUGAUGUAACAGAGCAUUCUCCUGGUAGGCUAGUUGGGGGAGCUAAAGGGUUAAAUCUCUAACUAUUGCUGUUUAACUGUUUGUUAUCAUAGUCGGUCAAUGCCUGGCGGGUACCAGUAUCAUGUCACCUCAGUCAAACCAGCAGAGUGACUCCUAAUGUUUAUAAGAUCUAAGUUGCACGUAAAGCAAAUCCAAAUCCAAACAUUCUUAGACGGUUUUUGUUAAGGCAUGACAGAUGAUUUACACAAAUAAAUAGCAUGCAAAAAAAGUCCUUACAGAAAAAAAAAGCAAAAGUUAUCUUAUGCCACAGUGAAACAUCAGUCUUAAAAUAACAAAGUUAUUUAAUCUGAAGGUGAUUUUGUUCUUACCAAAAACACAAGGCUUUUUUUCUCUUUUUUUAUUCUUUUGUAUAUAGCAGUUCACUUUUAUUUUUAUUUUUCCUCCACAGUAUAAAAGGCAUAAAAUGGGUUAGGGGUGCAUUGUUUAUUGCAGUACUUAUGUCAGUUUGUGAGGGGUGUUUGAUGACUUUGACAGAAUAAAUAUCUAACCAGUUAUCCUUGUUACUGCUUUGCCAGUUCAACGUUAUUUAGUUAUUCAGCUCUUGCAAUAAAUGUUCUGAAUUCCUGAUUGUGUUGUGUUAGUUCUUGGGCAGAUGCCUAAGGGACUUUAUUCCUGUUAAUUUCUCUCUUUCUUUCUGUUGUUGUUGGUUUGUUUGUUUGCUUGUUUCAUUCUGAAUUUCCAGUUAUUUUUUCUAAGCAUAUCAUGGUGCAUUUGGUUCACAUAGAUAUGUUUAAGGAUGGAAUAUACAACUGAUAAAUCCUGAGGGCCAUAUUCUGUCAUUCUUACAGUAAGUAGGAAUUUAUUCAAAAGGAGUCCUUUGAAUUGAGUAAAGUGUUACUUACCUAGCACAAAGGUGACAGAAUCUAGCCUAGAUUUGUUAGGCAUACGUAAAACACAAGUAAUAAGCAUCCUUGCACGACUCUUUGUAAUAGUGCAGUGGUAGCUUAUGGAAAAGUCAGCAUUUACCACACCUCAAUCUUUUUGUUCAGAGUAGAAUGAACUGUAGUCAUAUCAAAAUACUGUAAAUGUUUGCUUACAAGAAAAUUUUAUGGCUGUAUAACCACUUUUGUUGCAGCACAGUAAAAAGAAUAAAAUAGAAUAAAAUAAAGCCCAGCAACCUGGAAAAAGAAGUAACAAUAAUUGCUGAGAUUCAAAGCAGAGGUUCACAGAGUUCGAUAUUAAAAAACAGAAAUAAAAUAAUUAUUUGUGAACCCAAAUAACGCCAACUAUUUUUAAUUAUAAGUGCCUUUUAAAACAGAAUAUAUUUGAAAAUUGUUCUAACAGGAACAGAAAGUUCUUUCUUUAUAAAUAAGAAUUCACAGUGACGUAGACGUUGCUACAGAAAGAGAACCCUAUUCUGUUCUCUGCUUCAGUACUUUGUGCUGCCAUCAACCUGUGCAAGAAGAGCACAAACCGAUAUGAUUUGAAUUUCUGGCAAGUGAACAUGUUUUUCAUUUCAUUUUGCAAAAAUGACUUUUGUGUAAUUUUACACCCUUAAGACCUUACCCAAUUUUAAAUAUUUAUUGCAAUUAAAAAGAGAGAAAGAGAGAGUGAGAGCAAGAGUGAGAGCAAAAGAAAGAAAGAAAGAAAGAAAGAAAGAAAUAGCUGUACCACUGAAGACUAUAUCUUAAUCCCGUUAAAGCCAAGGGAAUGUUUUGUGAAGGUUUCGGUGAAUCUGGAUUUGGCUCUGAACAUAUAUUCAGUAAGUACCCAUUAGUUUAGAACCGUUUGGUUUUCUCAAUCAGUAAUACUAGUACUGCUGUCUAAAACUCACACAUCAGAAAAAAAAAUUAAAUCCUGACAGGAAUUCAGUGACAUGCCAGAAAAGGGGCUUUAAAAAAAAUGCACUUCAGAAAAUGAGAAGGCAUCUGAACCUUUGUGAUUUUUUGCCUUUAUUAGGUUUAUAUGGCAUGAAACUAAGCAUUACUUAUAAUUAUUGGUAAUUUGGCCUGGCUAAAUAUGGAUGCCUCUGUCAUGCCAAUUCUAUCUUAUUUUCUUCAGCUAGGAAGACUUGGUGCAAUAUUUUAAUGUACACGUUUGAAAGGACUGCUAACAGUGUAUACCAAAGCUUGCUUCAACACUCAUUUAUUUUUACUCUUCCUGAUGACAGCCCUUUGCCCAAACAUAAAAUUAAAAGUAUGCAUAGAUAUAGCUGUUUAGUUCUGCUUAAUCCUAUGCUAUGCUCAGCACUUACUGAAGGUAGAAUGAUCAGGACCUCUUUCCCAAGGAACCAUGUGAAGGCAGACAAGGAGAUACAUGGAGCAGAGUCAAGGAGAAUGCAGAAAUAUACACUGAUGUUAACAUGUAUGGACGAAAAAAAUGAUACUCAUAUUAUUCAUUCAAUGUGACAAUUAUCUUUUUGCAAGUUACUAAUAGGAACUGUGAUAAGGAAAAAUCAUCAGGACUUGAACAUGGAGUUGACUGAAGUCUAAUGGAGAAACUCAGGAAGCUCUAAAUACAUAAACAACAUAAAGACAGGAAAUAGAUCUGAGCUUGAGGAAAGCAAAAGAGCAAUAAAGAUUAAUAUAUCUGAUAUAAAGAAAAGGGAAAAGAGGAUCACUGGCAGAGAUCAGAAUUUUAAUCUGGGAUGUUUUGAAGAAAGAGAGGCACUAAUAGGUUUUAAGAAAGAGAUGAACAUGGUGAAAAUCAUGGGACAUGGCAACAGGUCAUGUCAUGAGAUCCGUGACAUGACAAAAGGCAUGAGGGGUAGGGUCUGAUAGGCCUUAGGCAAUAGGGUCUAAUAGCUCAAAAGUAGGUUACAAAAAUAUUCCUACUGGCAUGAGACCACUGCAAUGAUAUCACAUGCGGUUUGGAUAGAAGAACAAGUAGUCUGUGGUAAGACCGAUUCCCCGUGACCACAAAAUACUUUAAUGAUUCAGCUGCUUAAAUAAAAUUUCCUUACGGCCUGUGUCUUUGCAAUAAUGUAAGAUAAGCCGUGAGAGUUCUGUACGGGCACGUAUGCUUGCAUGCACAAACACAGACAGUGAAAGUAACUGAGUAAUCACAGCCUCUAAACACUCAAUUAUAUUUUCUGUUUAAUACACUUCUUUGGAAGACUUAUUUUUUGUUCCAAUAUCUGAGCUUUCUUUAAUCUAUAUGCUUGCAGUCCUUCUGCAGUGAUGAAAAACUUGAAAAUUAAAUUGAAACCAAUUAUAGAACACUGCACUACUUUUGGGCAAUGGACAACAUGAUACAAUAUCACCCUGUGUGAAUCAAUUCAAUAUAUCCUGAACAGUUAAGCCCUAAAUGAAUUUUAAUAUUAGUUUUAUUAACUUUUGCUACGGAUCAUCUAGGUGGAUACAUCCAUCACAUAUAAUUAUCCCAUAAUCCAAAACUCUCUCUGACUUUUCCUCUUCCAAAAAACUCUCAUUGGUAGAUAACUAAUUGUGAAAUUAUCAGAUAUCCUUUUUCACAUCCUUUUGCUUGGGUGGAUUGAUUUAUUCUUCCCAUUUGGUUUCCUUGAAAUAUAAUAUAUCCUAUAUAAUACUGCUGCUUAUAUUAUAAACUGUGCUUCUGUGACAGAUCAUUUUAUUCUUUGUUUGCAGUUAGCUGAGCAUAGCAAGAUCAUAACAUAAAGGACCAGAUUUUGAUCCUUCAGGCUUCAUUGAACCUCUUACGAGGCAAAUGAUCAGGACUGGUCCAUAAUUAGUAACAAGAAUAAACAGCAAAUCCUUUAGUAACCAGUGGACCAACAAAUGCUUGAGAAGAAGCAAAUUUGUAAUCUCCAGGUUUUUAAACACAAUGUAGUUUAUUCGUAAACUGUAAUUAAUGCUACUAAAGGCAAAAUUAGAGGCUCAUUCUUUUUUUGACAUAGACACAUCACUUCACUGGAGACUAAUUUGUGUGCUGAUAUGUGUCCUCACCCUGCAAAAUACUGUGCGGCUCUUUUGAGGCAUUGAGUGCCUUUAAUUUCCGUAAAGCAUGACAGUAAUCGUCCUUUUGUGGGAGAAGCUCAGCAUUUCACAGGACUGGGUCCACAGUGGGAAGAAUAUCACAGACAUGCAUGCCAUAUGUUAAGUUUCGAAGCACGAAUGCUUUCUCUAACUGCAACACCUCAUGGCUCUACCUACAGCUGUAAGUUAAUACUGCUACCUAACUGUCCAAUAGUAAAAGUAUGUCUUUAAUUACCAGAAAGGAUCUCAAAUUCUCAUUGUAUAUUAUGACGAGAAAGAACUGAAGGAAAGUAAUGUCCCUCAUUUUAAACAUUACUUUUUUUGACCACAGACAUUUUUAAAUCAACCUGUUGUGCCUAGGUAUUGCAGCACAGUCUAGUAUUGCAUGGCAUGUAAAUAGAUACCUUAAUUACUCAUAAUGAAAUGAUUAUAUAUACAUAUAUAUAUAUUAUAUAUAUAUACUUAAAUAUUAUCUAUCACAUAAUUACUCAGUAUUAUUUAAUGGAAUUUUGGGAAUAUGAAUUUUGUUGUUUGAUGUACUUUAAACUGUAUGAAGCAGCAUAUUCUUAAGACUACCCUCACCAAUGCUUUUGAUUAUUUAUUCAUUAAAUAAAGUGCUUUCUUUUGCUUGUUAUAAUCCUGUUUGUACAACCAUGUGAUAAUGUUAAAAUGGGUAAGUACUGUAUGGGAAUUAUAACUGUUUCUUUUUUUGUCUAAAUAUAUGCCUAUAACAAUAUUUAUUAGUGAUCUGAGUUUUAAGAAUGUGUCUCUUUAUGUGUUUACUAUCGCCUUGUACAUCGUCCAAAUUUAAAGGAAAGCUGAGCUAACAUUUCUUCAUGUAACUCUGAAUGCCCCAAUGGCUUUUAAAUGAUUGUUUGCCCUUAUUCAUAAGUGAAAUUUGGAUGAGAUCUGUACUUUGAAUCAUCUGUAAAAUAAAUACAAUACUUUGGGUUCGCUUACUGUA